AGCCUUGAACUUUGGAAUGUCCUCAUCUGGGAACGCACAACCCGCCGCACUAUCACGCUUUGGACUAGAUGGCUUGGUUCUGGGGAGAUGUUUUCCAUAACCCGUUAUGGUUAGUUUUAACCUUUUAUCUGGGACUGCGAUUACAGCAGAGAUUGUUAUGGAAACCGAAGGCAUGUACUGUACAACUGAAUGGGAAAACUGCCAUAGUUACGGGUGCUAAUACGGGCAUUGGCAAGUAUAUCGCCCUGGACUUUGCAAGGCGUGGUGCACGUGUUAUCCUGGCUUGCAGAAACCAGCUGGCAGGUGGCGCCGCUGUUCAAGAGAUCAGAGAGCUGACCAAUAACCAAGAUGUCCAUCUGCGUCCCCUGGACACGUCCUCCCUGAGCUCAGUCAGGGAGUUUGCCACUAUGAUCAACAAUGACGAGAAGGCCCUUCACAUUCUGGUCAACAAUGCUGGGGUGUCAGGUUUGCCCAAGGAGAUCACUGAAGACGGGCUAGAAAUUAGUUUUGCCACCAAUCACCUUGGACCGUUCCUUCUCACCAAACUGCUGCUUGAUCUUUUGAAGCGAUCAGCUCCAGCGCGUAUAGUUAAUGUCUGCUCGUCAAACCACUUCAAGGGUAUAGUGAACUUUUCCCACUUCAAGGGAGAAGACCUCACCUACAAGAUGGACCACGUCUAUAACAACACAAAGCUGCACCAAAUCAUCUGCACCAAUGAGUUGGCACGAAUGCUAAACGGGUCAGGUGUCACUGCAAAUUCGAUCCACCCUGGGUACGUUAUGACAUCAGUGCUAAGACACUAUAGCGCUAAAGUACGGAUCAUCUUCAAGCUAAUUGGAUUCUUCUUUUUCAAGAAUGCAAAACAGGGGGCAGCGAGUGCCAUAUACUGUGCUGUCUCUGAGGAAACUGAGGGAAUUACAGGGAAGUAUUUUGACAGUGAUUGCGCUCUAGUCCUCCCUGCCCCUCUGGCAAGAGACCCCGCCCUCGGAGCCAAGGACUAUGAGAUCAGUGAACGACUGACAUCGAAACUCUAGCCUGAUGACUGAAACCAGGUUACAAUUCUUCUAUGGUGUGUAGAAAACUGAGUAUCGAGGUGAAAUAAGGUAUAUUCUUACAAUUUAAAUCUUUUGAAAUGAGAUUUCAAAAGACUGAAUUUCUAAAAUGAAGGUACAGUGUGAAGGAUUUAGUGGCGGUUAAACUAUCAUAGCAAAGAAAGAUUGCUAUUGGGAUUUCUAAUUGAACAUGUGUGUACUCUAGAGCUGUUAGUAUAUUCAGGGUACUGAGGAAAUAUGUCAGUGCAACAUCGCAGGCUCUGUGGAAGAGGAACCUCCCCCAGAUAUUAAGGGCUCAGUCUAAACAGAACAUAUUUCAUGUGAUUCUUAUUUAAAUUUUUCAAUCAAUUGUCGCUAAACCUGUUGCGCUAGAUCCCACUAAAGUGUAAACACUGCAGCUUUAAGAUUUGUGGUUGUGUUAAGGUAAUAAGCAAUGUGGCCUGGACUAUUGAACCAUUUCCCAAUGAUUCAACAUACCCAACACGGCCAUGUGAUCUAUAUUGCUGGUUUACCAGUUUUUGUGUUCAAUUAAUAUCAAAUGAUUCUAACUAUUGGGAGUCUAAUUAUUUAUAAUUACAUGUAAAAAAGGAAUUAUAUUAUGAUUGCAUUUGCCCAUUUUAUUUACUUUACUUCACUUUAAAAUAUAUGUAUAUACUGUGAGAAAUGGUGAUACUCCAACAAUGACCAAGCCGUCAGACAGGGUGACACAAUCAUUCUCCUUUUUAUUGGUUAAUUUUUGCAAAUGUAUGCAUAUUAAGUGUUGAUUGGUAAAAAAUAAAAGUCGUCCUUUCAUCUUU